AAUGCACUCAGUUUCUUUUUGCUUUCGGAGCAUCCAAAAGCUCAGUGGGCUCUGGCUCUAGCUGCACCCAGUGGCUUGUAACUCUCAUCCGAAUACACAGUUUUAGCCUUGGAAAACCAGAACAAGAAACAGAUCAGAAAAAUUGAUUCCCAGACACAGAAAAUAAACUAUGUUCCCCCAAUUCGGAGCGACGGCGGAAUCUCUGACCAAGGCCUCGACGGCGGUGUUCCGGAUCGGCACUGAUGCGCACCUCUACGACGACCCCGAAGACGUCAAUAUCGCGCCUCUCCUCGACAGCAAGUUCGAUUCCGAGAAGUGCGAAGCUCUCAAGCGCUUGCUCGCUCUCAUCGCUCAGGGCUUCGAAGUCUCCAACUUCUUCCCUCAGGUUGUUAAAAAUGUUGCGUCUCAGUCAUUGGAAGUGAAGAAGCUGGUCUACUUGUACCUCCUGCAUUAUGCUGAAAAGCGUCCAAAUGAGGCAUUGCUGUCAAUUAAUUGCUUCCAGAAGGACCUUGGGGACACUAAUCCAUUGGUGAGGGCAUGGGCGCUCCGUGCCAUGGCGGGAAUCCGCCUUCAUGUAAUUGCACCACUUGUUCUUGUUGCUGUGCAAAAGUGUGCAAGAGAUCCUUCUGUCUAUGUUAGAAAAUGUGCUGCUAAUGCACUUCCUAAGCUUCAUGAUUUGCGGAUGGAGGAACACACUUCAGCAAUUGAAGAGAUUGUUGGACUACUUUUAAAUGACCAUUCCCCAGGAGUUGUUGGAGCUGCUGCAUCUGCAUUUACUUCAGUUUGCCCUAACAAUUUUUCAUUGAUUGGAAGAAAUUACAGACGGUUGUGUGAGAUUCUUCCUGAUGUGGAAGAGUGGGGACAAAUAGUUCUAAUCGGGAUCCUUCUGCGGUAUGUGAUUGCAAGGCAUGGGCUUGUCAAAGAAUCCAUUAUGUUUUCUUUGUAUAAUAAAGACAUGGACAAUUUAGAGGAAGAUGAAUCAUACAUUACUUCAAAAGAAGAUGCUGAUUAUGCCAGUGAGAAGACUGUAUCCGAAUUAGCAAAUAUGAUAUUUCAGUGUUACAUUGAAGGGCCAGAUGAGUACUUAUCGCGAUCAAGUUCUUCUAAUGGGGUUGCCCCCAAAUUAGAUGUAUCACAAUAUACAUCUUGCAGUAAUGAUGUUGUCAGAAUCCUGCUGCAGUGUACAUCACCAUUGUUAUGGAGUAAUAACAGUGCGGUUGUUCUUGCAGCUGCUGGUGUACACUGGAUAAUGGCUUCUAAGCAGCAUUUGAAAAGAAUUGUUAAACCACUCUUGUUUGUCCUGCGAUCAUCUUAUGCCUCAAGAUAUGUGGUAUUGUGUAAUAUCCAAGUGUUUGCUAAAGCUAUGCCAUCUCUUUUUGCUCCACACUAUGAAGACUUUUUCAUAUGCUCUUCUGAUUCCUAUCAGAUAAAGGCUUUGAAGCUGGAUAUACUUUCCUCUAUUGCUUUAGAAUCAUCCAUUUCAUUCAUUCUUAAAGAGUUUCAGGAUUAUAUUAGAGAUCCGGACAGGAGAUUUGCUGCUGAUACAGUUGCUGCCAUUGGUCUAUGUGCUCAGCGGCUUCCAAAAAUGGCAAAUACGUGCUUGGAUGGAUUAUUGAAUCUGACUAGACAAGAAUUUUUUUGUGGUGAAAUUAGAUCCUUGGAUGGAGAAGAGGGCGUACUAAUUCAGGCAAUUAUGUCCAUCAAAUCGAUUAUAAAAUUAGAGCCACUCAGUUACGAGAAGGUUAUAAUUCAGUUGGUCCGUAGCUUGGAUACAAUCAAGGUGCCUGCUGCCCGUGCAAUGAUUAUUUGGAUGUUGGGGGAGUAUUGCUCUUUGGGUGAGAUAAUUCCAAGGAUGUUGAGUACCGUACUCACAUAUCUUGCAUGGAGUUUUACUUCAGAAGCAUCAGAAGCUAAGCUUCAGAUUCUUAAUACAACUGCAAAGGUAUUGCUGUGCAUUAAGGGAGAAGAUAUUUUGAUCUUGAGAAAAGUGUGGAUUUAUGUAAUUGAACUGGCUGAGUGUGACGUGAACUAUGAUAUUCGUGAUCGUUCACGUUUCUUAAAAAAACUUCUCUCUAGCAAUUUUGAGUCUCAGUGUGUGGAUGGAGAAAAUAGUGAAUCACAAAAAAGAGUACUUGCAGAAUGCAUAUUUGGUCAACAGACAAAAACUGUGACAGUUGCAUCUGAACCCAUCAAUCACCGGUUUUAUCUCCCGGGGUCUCUUUCACAGUUAGUAUUCCAUGCAGCUCCAGGCUAUGAUCCUCUCCCAAAACCUUGUAGCCUUCCUUACACUGAUCUUGAUCAAUACGAUGGAGCUACCAAGAGUGAUUCGGAUGAGGAGGAUGAUCCUGGCACAUCUGGGUCUUUGGAUGAGGAAAGUGCUUCAGAUUAUAGUUCUGAACAGUCUAUUACUGGUUCAAGCGAAGUGAGUGGCAGUGAUGAGUCUGUUUCUGGCACUGAAGGUGAAGUAAAUGCUGAUCCAUUGAUUCAGAUAUCAGACACUAGCAAUGUCUGUGAAAACCAGAAUGGUGGGGCUGAAUCUGGCACUGCUGAUUUUGGGGAUUUGAUCUCAACGAAGUCUCUUGAGUCUUGGUUGGAUGAACCAACCAGGUCCUCUAAAGGAAGUGAAAUAGAACAAAGCCGAAUUCGUAGAUCUUCAGCAAGAAUAACCAUUGGAAAUAUACAAAGCCGAGUUAAACCCAAAUGCUACACUCUCUUAGAUCCUGCAAAUGGAAAUGGGUUAAAGGUGAAUUAUUCAUUUUCAUCCAAGACUUCAAGCAUAUCCUCUCAUCUUGUAUGUUUAGAAGUAUUAUUUGAAAACAGUUCCCUGGAGCCCAUGUUUGAUAUAGUCGUGAUAGACGAGGAAUCUUGCAAAAGCUCAGAUUCUAGCGAUCAAAUAUCACCAACUACUGAAAAUACCUUGAAAUUUCAUAUUGAUAAACCAGCAUUGGUUUCCAUGGAGGAGAUCCAUUCUCUGGAGCCUGGUCAGACAGCAAACCGGAGUCUACUUGUUCGUUUCCAUCACCAUCUUUUGCCUUUGAAACUGUCUUUAUUUUGCAAUGACAAGAAAUUCCCUGUCAAGUUAAGGCCUGACAUUGGAUACUUUGUAAAACCACUUCCCAUCAGUAUUGAAGAUUUCAGAGAAAAGGAAUCUCGUCUUCCAGGGAUGUUUGAAUAUGUGAGGAGUUGCACCUUUACCGAUCACAUUCUAGAGCUGAACAAGGGAAGCAACUCUUUGACAGAGGACAAAUUCCUUGUAAUCUGCGAGACCUUAUCACUAAAAAUGCUGAGCAACGCAAAUCUUUCUCUUGUAUCUGUGGAUAUGCCGGUUGCUGCCAACCUUGAUGAUGCGUCUGGUUUGUGCUUGCGUUUCAGUGGUGAGAUCUUGAGCAAUUCUAUGCCAUGCUUAAUUACAGUUACUGUUGAGGGUAAAUGCUCAGACCCAUUAGUUGUUUCUGUAAAAGUCAACUGUGAAGAGACCGUAUUUGGCUUAAAUUUCUUAAAUAGGGUUGUCAAUUUCUUAGUUGAGCCAUCUGUUACCCACUCAUAAGAUUUGAUAUUGGAUAGAAAUUUCACAAAUAUUGAUUGAGUUGUGGGAAAGUAUAUUGAAAAACUUUCUUGCUUUUAGUGAGUUAUUGGAAUUCUAGUUUUUCCUUUUUCGUAUUGUUGGGAAGGAAGAAAAAAUGGGUCGGGUGUUGGGGUGGCGGCGAGUCGAUGACUGUAAUUUCUGUUUUGGUUAAUCUCUAAUUUUCCAUUUACUUUCGUGUCUUCUUCUCAUUCUCAUUAUGUGUCGAUACUCUUUCAUCCACCUUUUGAAUACACUCAAUUAUUGAAUGAAUCAUUUGCAUGAAUUCAAUUCAUCCUAUAGUUUGU